GGAAGGAGGGAAAGAAGGAAGGAAAGAAAGAAAGAAAGAAAGAAGGAAGGAAGGGAGGUAGGGAGAGAGGAAAGGAGGAAAAAAAGCAAUAUUGAGAUCACGACAGGAAAACUAAAAGAGAGUUUUGAGAGCUCGCAAAAAGACGCAGAGGAAGAACCGAAUCAUUCAUAUUUAGAAGAAAGGGGGGAAGGAAGGAAGGAGAGAAAGAAAAGAUUUAAAGAGGAAGAGAGAGAGAGCAAGGAGGCAAAGAAUAGGCUACGGAGAGAAGAAGGGAGGGAAGAAGUACAAGCACACUGAGAAGCGAACAGAGACGGAGGGAGGGAGAGAGAGAGAGAUGCGGAGAGGACUUGAAGGCACAUAGAGGAGAAGAAAGGUUUUGGACCAGAGGGAAAGGACAGAGGAUUAAAGGAAGGAGAAAAGGGGAAGAGCAGAGGACGGAGAAGGCUAAAGAGGGGGUUCAUAUAGAAGGGAAGGAGAGAGAGUUGAGAAGAGGGUGAAAGAGAAAGGCGUGAAGGCGCAGAGAAGAGGACAGGCAGAGACAGUUUGGGGAGAGGAAGGAGGGGAAGGAUGCUCCUUGCUGGCCGGUGUCUGCUCCUCUGGGGCUCCCUGGUGCUGCUCCUGGUCCCCGCCGCCACCCUCCGCGCCCCGGGCUACAUGAUGCAGCUCUACCGGUCCCUGUCGGGGGGUCAGCCCUGGGCCCUGCCCGCCGCCGAAGCCUCCGCCUGGAAGGAGUCCCACGCCGUCCUCAGCCUGGCAGCCAAAGAUUCCUUUCAGCUUGGGAACCACUGGGUCUUCUUUUUCGACAUGACCUCCAUUUCCAGCAGCUCUGAUGUGAGGCUGGCUGAGCUCCGGGUCCACUUGCUGUCCUUCUCCCAGGCCAACGAUGUCACUGUCAGUAUUUACCACAGCCACGACCACUUGUGUCACAGGAACUGGACCUGUAAGGACAAACUCUUCCUUGGUUCUUUCACCAGCAGUCCCUCCACCAGCCAUUCCUCCUGGAAAGUCUUCAACGUCACCAACUUGCUCCGCUUCUGGCUCCAUCAAGGAAUGCCAUCAGGGAAGGACACUCUAGAAGUUCUGGAGCAGGAACGGAUGGAGGGGAACCUCACUGAGUGCAAUGGUGGAAGUGGAGACAGUGACAACAUCUGUGGCCGGAAUGACUCUAGAACGGCACAGCAGAUAUUGACUCACAAUGUGAUGGACAGAGUCCUCCUGGUUGUCUUCUCCAAAGAUAAGGAGCUGGCGGAGCCUUCCCAGGCCCCGAGCCUCAUCAGGACGGUGGAAAUGUCCAAGCACGUCAUGUCGGACAACUCUUCCAAGGAAGCCGGGGGUCGCCGUCAUCGGCGGAACAGGAACCAUUGGCAAAGGAUUAAGGGGAGCAACACCCAGGUGUCCAGUUCUGGGGAGGAAAGUCGGCCGCUCUGCAGAAGGGUUGAUAUGAUGGUGGACUUUGAGAAGACUGGCUUUGGAAAAUGGAUCCUGCACCCCAAGAAGUACAAUGCAUACCGGUGUGAAGGGGAAUGCCCGACGCCCGUAGAUGAGACCUUUAAGCCAACAAAUCAUGCAUAUAUGCAGAGCUUGCUGAAGUUGUACCAUCCCAACCGCGUGCCUUGCCCAUCCUGUGUUCCAGUCAAACUAAGCCCACUAUCCAUGCUUUACUAUGAGAAAGGUGGGGUGAACGUCCGUCACCACGAGGACAUGAUCAUCGACGAAUGUGGCUGCCAUUGACAUUUAUGGACUUGUUUGGCUGACGAGGGUAAACAACUCAAUAUUCUGUUUGUGAUGGAGGACAACCGCAUCGUCCUUCAACAUCCACAGGCAGACUUCUUUCCAAGAGGUGGAGAUUACACUGUUUUCAUGUUUUCCUCCCCAAACUACAAACCCCAAAAUUCUGCAGGAGGCGGAAACCAGAUUUUAAGUGGAUUUUUAAUCUAGUGUGAUGAGGACCUUGGUCACAUAACAGAAGAUGGAGUAAAAGAGUGGGACACAACUUCUGAGACUUUGAGCUAACUGAAGUUGUGUUGAGGGACUUUGAGCUUCUAUCAAGAGGAGCAUCUCAAAAAUGUGGUCUCCAGAGCUGGCCUUGGGUUUGAGGGGCUUCUAUGUCAUUGGAAGGGCCACAAACAUGUUGUAUCACUGCCAUAUUAGCUUCUUUACAAUGCAAUCUUUGGAGAAGAGCCUUUCAGAGUGGGAAUCUGUUGUAAGUCCUGAUUUAGUUCCCAAUAAGCAUAUAUUCAAGGUGGAGAAGGGAAACUUUGGGAAAGUAACUUUUAGACUACAGUUCCUAGAAUCCUCCAUCUGGCGUACCUUUUAGGAUUCAAGGAGCGAUAAUUUGGGAAUCCCUAAGAAUCUCCCAGCCAAUAGUUAUUGGUUGCCGAAAGGCUGAGAAAGGCGGCAUAAAAUACAGUAAAUAAAUUAAAUAAAAUAAAUACUGCCAGUGGUUCAUGUG